GCCGGAAUUACUAGGUACCGGCUUCCGGGAAGACUUUCCGUCCGUCCGGCUCCGCGGACUCAAGGAGAGAAAGGGAAAAAAACACCCAGCGUAACCACACUUGGACCUUAAAGGUUUUAUAAAUACUUGUACACAGGUCCACAUCUGCCUCCCCAUGCAGAACUCCAUGAAAUGAAUAAAGCACCACAGCCUAUAACGGGACCCCCAUCCACUCCCCACCCUGCCCCUUCCCCCGGCCUUUCACAGCCCUCAUUCCCCCCUGGGCAGCCCCCGUCUGUAGUGUUUGCCACCCAACCUCCACAAAUGAACCCAACACCACAACCCCGACAGUUUGCCCCCGGGCCCCGGCCUAUACAUCAACAGGGAAGCUUCAGGUCGCUACAGCCCUACUACCCCAACAGGCCCAACCUGCCUCCCAGCAGUGGGCCAAGAGGUGUCCCACCCAGCAGUGCUCCUCGGCCUGUGACCCCCACCCACGUCUACCAGGCAGGCCCUGGCUCCCAAAUGAUGAUGAUCCCCCAGCAACAGUUGCCCUUCCCCAAUUCGCCACAGGGACCUGCCUACAUCAUACAGUCACAGUACCGGUCACCAACCUACGUUCCCACACCUCAGCAGUUCCCAGUCCCAACAGGCACCCCAGGCUAUUACCCAGGCACAAGCCCUGCAGAAUAUGGUACUUACGCAGGGGCCUACUACCCUGCACAGCCACAGUUCACCCCCUCGGUCCAGGCAGGACCCGUUAUUAUGAAUCCUGCACCUCAACAACCACAGCCACCCCCUCAGCCUGCCCAGCACAUCCCUACCAAACGGGAACGCAAACAGAUCAGAAUAAGAGACCCAAACCAAGGAGGUCGAGACAUCACAGAAGAGAUUAUGUCAGGGGGCCGUAGUGGCUCCACCCCAACCCCACCACAGACAGCCAUACCUGGAUCAGAAAGUACGUCAUUGACCCAGGCCAACGGUGAGAGUGUCUCAGCUGCUACUAUACCAGCACUGGUUAGACCAGAUGACAGAAGGAAACCUACGCCUCCACCUGUGGCAAAGACCCCUGAACUUUUCAAAGGCGACUCCAUCCCUACAGAGGCUAACACCUCUGAUACGAACACUAAGACUCCUUUACCCGCUCCUCUGUCAGAAGCUGAGAACACACCUAUUAACACUAAUUCUGCACUUGCAUCGAGCCCUACUGUUCCAGAUGUGAUGGAUGCUCCUCCGACUCACAGGGACCCUACACCCCCUCCCCAGUCAGCACCUGAGAUACCUGCCUACCCUGCACCCCUUCCUGAUCCUGUCCCCACCUCUGCUGCACUGAACAAAGUUGACAAUGUUGCCACAGAGGUGAAAGAGGAGGUGGCAAAGGAAGAGGAGAAUAAAGCAGAAGAGAAUGUAAUGUCUGUAGACACACCCCAAACUCCUCCUUCCUCCACUAAUGGUGUGGCAGAGUUGGAGCCUGAAAGGUUGUCGGUCACGUUACCACCAAGUCACCUAGAGGACCCUCUGGAGUCUCCAAUUGCACAGCCUGAGGAGCUCCGCCUACCCAACGGGCUGCCGCUCCCAGCCCCUCAAGACCCCGAAGCGCCUGCCGUCAGCACAGCUGAACGUGACGACAGCCCCAUAGCUGAACCAGAUAUCAGUCAGCAGCCGAUAAUACAGACAUCUGCAACCGUCGCUCAGGCAGCACUAUAUGUAGAAGCCAUACCUCCACCUGCUGAACAUUCAACCCCUGCGCCCGCUGCUCAAGAAGCGGAACCCCCUCAGGCAGCACCUGCUCAGCCUGAGGUUCCAGAAACAGAUCCUGCAGCGACCCUGGAUGUUAAGGAAGACACUCCAGUGCACCAGUCUAGCACUAAGGAAGAGACUUCUUCUCCUACAGAGACAGUUUCAAAAGCUGACAAUACCCCAGAAAAGGUGCCCACUCCUCCCCCUCCUACAGCAGAGGAGAGGGAAGACACUCCUCCUCCUCCCCCACAGACAGUCACCCCUGCCCCUGUAGAAACUACUAUGCAAGCUGCUGUGUCUGUGCCAAAGAAAAAAAGAAAGAUGAAGGAUCUAAACAAAAAGGAGGCAGUAGGAGACCUCCUGGAUGCCUUUAAGGAGCAGCAAAAAGUGGUUCCACCAGAGCCUGAGCCAGUACCAGCACCAGAGCCCCAGCCCCCUGCCACUGCUCCCCCUGCCCAAGAGGAGGCAGACUUAACCUGGGAGGACAAGGAGGACAAGCUGGAUGCUGAGAACAUUCAGCCGGAUCCUCCCAAGCCGGCUGCCACUGACAAGAAGUAUCAGUACAAAGAGGAACAAUGGAAGCCAAUCAACCCAGAAGAGAAGAAGAAAUAUGACCGUGAGUUUCUUCUGGGAUUCCAGUUCAUCUCAGCCAGUAUGAACAAGCCUGAGGGUCUACCAGCCAUCAGUGAUGUUGUGCUGGACAAGGCUAAUAAGACACCUCUGCGACAACUUGACCCCAGUCGCCUACCAGGAAUGAACUGCGGUCCUGACUUCACGCCCUCCUUUGCCAACCUUGGCAGGCCCAGCAUGGGAGGAGGAAACAGAGGACCAUCUCCAGGUAUGGGCAUGGGGAUUGUCGGACCACGUCGCUCUCAACAAAUGCAGAGGAAAGAACUGAGGAAAAUCAUCAGCAGCAUGCCACUUAGUGAUGAGGUGCAGCUGAACAAAGCAGAGAAGGCGUGGAAGCCUUCAGUGAAGAAAAGCAGUCGCAGCCGUGGGGCAGAGGAGGUAGACGAGAGUGAACCAGAGCAGAUCAAGACCAAGGAGCUGUUUAAACGGGUGCGCAGCAUCCUCAACAAACUGACCCCCCAAAAGUUUCAGCAGCUCAUGAAACAAGUAACAGAACUGACCAUUGACACGGAAGAGCGGUUGAAAGGAGUCAUAGACCUCACCUUUGAAAAGGCCAUCUCUGAACCAGACUUCUCUGUGGCCUAUGCCAACAUGUGCCGCUGCCUUAUGGGGCUUAGAGUCGAAAUUCCAGAUAAACCAGGAGCCACUGUGAAUUUUCGCAAGCUGCUGCUAAAUCGAUGCCAGAAGGAGUUUGAGAAGGAUAAGGACGAUGAUGAGAUUUUCGAGAAGAAGCAGAAAGAGCUGGAAGCUGCAUCCGGGGAGGAGGAGAAGCAGCGGCUCAUUGAGGAGUUAGAAGAGGCUAAGGACAAGGCCAGGAGGAGGUCUCUAGGCAAUAUCAAGUUCAUCGGUGAGCUGUUCAAGCUGAAAAUGCUCACAGAGGUCAUCAUGCAUGACUGCAUUGUCAAGCUGCUCAAAAACCAUGACGAGGAAUCUCUGGAGUGCCUGUGCAGACUAUUGUCCACCAUUGGCAAGGACCUUGACUUUGAGAAGGCCAAGCCUCGUAUGGACCAAUACUUUAAUCAGAUGGAGAAAAUAAUAAAGGAGAGGAAGACCACCUCCAGGAUCCGUUUCAUGUUGCAGGAUGUGCUGGACCUUCGACGGAAUAACUGGGUGCCCCGGCGAGGCGAUCAGGGUCCCAAGACCAUCGACCAGAUCCACAAAGAGGCUGAGCUGGAGGAACACAGGGAGCAGAUGAAGGUACAGCAAGCCCUCAUCUCUAAGAAGGAAUCCAGUGGAGGCUCAGGAGGCAGGAUGGGUGGAGGCCGUCGGGGCCCUCACUCUCCAGGUCGUCGAGGCCCUCAUUCUCCAGGCCGUAGGGGACCCCACUCCCCAGGGCGUGGUGCCUCUCCCCAGGAUGACGGCUGGAACACAGUGCCCAUCUCUAAAAACAGACCUAUUGACACCUCUCGCCUUAGCAAAAUCACUAAGACUCCUGUUCUUGACUUCAACAAUCAGCUGCUCGCCCCAGGAGGUAAAGGCACGUGGGGCAGCUGGGGAAAGGGCAGCAGCGGUGGCACAAGUGCCAAGCCUGCAGAUUCUGGCUCAGAGACGGGUAGCCGACCAGCCACCAGCACGCUCAACAGGUUCUCAGCCCUGCAGCAGCCUUCGUCUUCCUCAGGCUCUUCAAUAGACACAGAUAAGAGAAUUCCUCAGAGAAACAGCUUGAGUCGAGAACGAAGUGAUCGUUUUGAUCGCUCAGAUCGUGGCAGCGACCGCUUCGAGCGACGAGACGACCGUGAUCGAAACCAGCUCCAGGUCACUAAACGCAGUUUCAGUCGGGAGAAGGAGGAGCGGAGUCGGGACAGAGAGCAGCGUGGCCCUGCUGAUCCAGUCCGCCGUGUGGCGAGCAUGACGGACGACCGAGACAGCAGAGAACGGGCCAGAAGCAGAGAGAAUGCAAAGAGGGAGACAGCUGCCACCACUCCACCUCCCCAGACCCCCACCAAGCCUGCCUUGACCGAGGAGGAGUUGGAAAAGAAGUCCACAGCCAUCACUGAGGAGUACCUCCAUAUCAACGACAUGAAGGAGGCUCUGCAGUGUGUGCAGGAGAUGAAUAGCACUCAGCUGCUGUUUGUGUUUGUACGAAACGGGCUGGAGUCAACACUGGAGCGCAGCACGAUCGCCAGGGAGCACAUGGGCCUGCUGCUACACCAGCUCAUUAAGACCGGCAUCCUACCAAAGGAGCAGUACUACAAAGGGCUUAAGGAAAUCCUGGAGGUGGCGGAAGACAUGGCGAUAGACAUCCCCCACAUCUGGCUCUACCUGGCAGAGCUGCUCACUCCCAUGCUUCAUGAGGGAGGCAUCCCCAUGGGAGAACUUUUCAGGGAUGUCUCAAAGCCUUUGAUCCCUCUGGACAAAGCUGGAGUCCUGCUGGUUCACAUCCUCACUUUACUCUGCAAAGAAAUGAGCCAUAAAAAGGCAGGUACAAUGUGGAGGGAGGCUGGCCUGCAGUGGAAAGACUUCCUCCCCGAGGACGUAGACGUCAACAAGUUUGUGACAGAAAAGAAUGUGGAGUUUACACUGGGCGAUGAGUCGGAGAAGGGCAAAAAGAAGGAGCUCAGCGCUGCAGAUCUAACCAGACAGCUGGACAGACUGAUCCAGGACAAGGCUGACAACCAGAGGAUCUUUGACUGGAUUGAGGCCAACCUGGAUGAACAGCAGACCUCCUCCAACAUGUUUGUCAGAGCGCUGAUGACCUGCAUCUGCCAGUCAGCAAUUAUUUGUGAGAUUCCCUACAAGGUUGACAGCGAGCAGAUCAAACGGAGGGCGAAGCUCCUGCAGAAAUACCUAAAGGACGAACAGAAGGAGCUACAGGCUCUGUAUGCUCUGCAAGCCCUCAUGUUGCAAAUGGAGCAGCCUGCCAAUCUGCUGCGAAUGUUCUUCGACACACUCUACGAUGAAGACGUGAUCAAAGAGGAGGCCUUCUACAAGUGGGAGUCCAGCAAAGACCCCGCCGAACAGCAGGGGAAGGGCGUGGCCUUGAAGUCCGUCACUGCCUUCUUCACGUGGCUCCGCGAAGCCGAGGAUGAAUCCGAUAACAGCUAGGGGCUGCUCGGAGAAUCGAUGGGAGUUCUGGGCAAACCCAUGGGGAGAGCGAAUGUUCUGUGGAUGAUUCACAAGAGGCUGAAUCAGCAAAAGCCUUCUGCAUAAACAGAAAAAAAAAAAAAAAAAAAAAAAACUUCUUCAACUGGGAGAGAUUGUAUUAUGGAUCGAACAUUCGAUCGUUUUUUUUUUUUCUUGUUUGUUUUCAGUUUCUUGUUUUUCUUCUGUGCAACCGAAUGUCUUUUUUUGAAACAAACACAGGAUUAACUAAAGAGAAAAAUAGAUUUGAGAGAGAGAGGGAGAAUGCUGAGAAGAGUUGAAAGCUGUAGGAGAUGCUCUGAUGCUGUUUCCUUCAGUAUUUUUAUUUUUUGGGUUGUUUUCAGAAAGCUUUUUCUCGCCACGGCAAAACUACUCAAGACAUUUUGCUUAAAGACAGAAAAUAUAACAGAAGACUUUAAAAGGCUGUUCACAUCUAUAUUUUUGAUGAAUUCACCCUUUAUCAUGUGGACAUGACAGAUUUCAUGCUACAUGUCUGCCGUUUGGAUCUACAUGACGUGCUCAUGUAGAGCUUUUUGUUUCCCUUUUCCCAGUGUUGGAUGAUUAAGGGUGGUUUGAAUUUUUUUUUUUUUUUUUUUUUUUUUUUUUUUUUUUUUUGUAAGAAAAAUUGAAAACUACAAAGAAAAGAGCCGUCUAAGAGACAUUUCAGUCAUGAGUGAAUGCAACGGUUGUGGACUUCCUGAGGACAUUGUCACUGAGGAGAGGGGCAAUGAACAUUGACCAUUUUGCUGCUGGCAGGGGUGGCAGCGAUGCUACCCUUCAAAACCCCAGCCCAACUCAAUCCCACCACCCCCACCCUCUAUUGUGUCUGUUUCACUUGUUUCCUGCGCUUCAAAAACAAACUGUGGACUGAGAGAGGGAGAGCAAGAGCGAGGGAUCAUGGUUUCACCCUCGUUCAAAGCCUUUUCGUGUUUUUGUUUUUUGUUUUGUUUUUUAAAGAAAAAGUAUCAUUAUUGAAACUUGAAAAAGUAUACAGACAAAAAUCCACUUUAAUGACAAAGGACUUUUAAGAAAAGUUUAACAGUACGAAUCCUAAGGCCUUUCUUUGCUUCCAUGAGUGGAAAUGCAUUUCAGGAGAGUUCUGUAAAUAUACGAUGAAUAGUUUUCUUUUAAA